ACCUUAUAAAUGUGAUAACUUAAAAUGGCGGCCUUGGCGAAGAACGUGAAGUUAUAUAGUAGGGUUGCACAUAUUUGUAUGCGCAUUACCGCUUCAAGACUAGGCGCUGUUGUUCUAGUUCGGAACAUUAAUUCUGACGACAGAUCACAGCAGUUGAAAUUACACAAAACAGUAAAGAAAAUUUGUUAAUUAAUCGUGCAAGUUGUUUGGCUAUUUUAGUUUUGAGUAUUGAAUAAUAUUAAAUAUUAUAUAGGCCUACUAUUGACAUCUGACCAUUCAAAUGAGUCAUGUUACUUAACUGUUACUCUUGAUUUUGCGUUGAUGUCCUAUCUAAAUAAAUAAGCUAGUCUUAAUAUUGAAUUGAUUAAAUGUUUUAACUUAAGACAUGUACAUAAAUAAAUGUAUUAUUGUGUACUCAUACUCAUAACACUGCAGGAUUGACAUUGAAUAUCAUUCAAAUUUUAUUUCCAAGACCUGAGUCAGCUUUCAUUAUUUUUUCUUAAAGCUUAUACUUAGAUAGGAUGAUACAUUUUGCACACUGACUAAUCUUUAAUUUAUGAUCUUUCAAGCUGUUUUUUAUCCUUCACAUGCAGAUGACCAAGGCAACUUUUCAAUUUGAGUAGUAGUAGUAGCCUUGACUUGAAUUUUGUUUAAAAUGAUGGAGAGUUGCUAAAUUUGUCAACCUCAUUAUCUUGUCUUUGCCUAUUUGAUUCAAUGGCAAGACUUAGUCAAGACGACUGGAAAUAAACCAGGAUGCAAUAGAUGAUCAGUAGUGUGUCUUGUGUGUUUCAGUUUCACUGUGCUCUUUAUGCAUUCUACAUGGCAGGAGUUAUUGAAAUUUUCAUUGUGUCAUUGUCAUACCGCCUACAGGACUCCAUCUGCAAGUUUUAGAGUUUGCCUCCUCUUAAAUGAUUAAGAACUAUCUAAGGUGAACGAGUGCCAUCCAUGCGGGGCGCUGUUAAUGUUGGCAUAGGUGUUUUCUGGUAAUUGAACUGCAGUCAACAAGCUUGGGAAUGACAGUUUAGACAGCUGUCAAAAGCUUAUAAUCCUUUAUAACUGCUUUUUUUUUCCAAUUAAAUGUGAGCAUUCCAAUAACAUAUUUAAAACUAGCCUAAACGUUGAAGUGUCACCUUACUUAUACCAUGUGUAAUAUUGUGUUAGUGUCCUUUUUGUUUCGCCAGAUUGAUUAUUGGCACUUGGAAUAGCUCUCACUCUCAAAAAAAUGAUAAACCAGUUUUUUUUAUAUUAUGGAAUAUACAGAGUAAAAACAUUCAUGUCAAUCAUUUUUACAAUUUUUGUGAGUUUUAAAUCUUAAAAUACAUUUUUAUCACAAUCCUCAUGGUGACUUAAUAAUAGAAAUUUGAAAGGGAUUCAUCUGUUUUGUUUAUUGCAAUUAACUUCAGUUUAUUUUUGUUCUUUUAAUCAACAGCUUGCCCAUUUUGAAAAUGUGCGACAAUUUAGCAGUGCAACUGUUACUGUUGCUGCUAUAGAAGCAAAAGUUUUGAAUGUUUGCAAAGCAUAUGAUAAAAUCAAUGCUGAAAAGGUACUUGCAAACUACUUCUUUAAAGAACUUAAGUAAGAGCAUUUCUCAAAUCAUAUUUCUACUCGGGUGUAAAUAUUUGUAUGUUUCUGUGGCAUGCAAAUUGAAAAUACAUAUUUGACAUUAGCCAAGGAAUGUUAUGUGUAACUUAAAAUUUGGAAACCCUUUAACCAGACCUGAAACAGAUAUUAACAUAUGUGUAUUUGAUGAAAUGCUCUUUCUUACUUCAUGAGUAACAUAAUUUUUCAAAUCACUUUUCACGUGUAAUAUGAUUUCAUUGCAGCCAUUCUUUCAACCUCAAAGAUGGUACUCAGGUAAAGCACCCCUCACUCUAGAGACAAUACAGAAACGUGUUGAACUGGUUUUGAAAUUGUAUGACAAAAUUAACCCUGAAAAGGUACUGAACUCAAAGUGGAUUUUCAAAACUGAGACUUAGGAAUUUAAAAAAAACAAUGGCUUUUUCCAGAUAUUCUUAUGGUCAUCAGAUGUUUAUAUUGAUAUUAAAUGCUAUUAAUUAUUUGUGAAUAAGUAAUGUUAACUCCUCUCCUUAUAACAUUUUUAUUGAUAUUAUGCCUUGUGACAGAGAAAUAUGUUGUUUCAAUAGAAAUGGGGAUAGUGUUGACAAUUGAAAAACUGGUUUGAUAUAUUUUAUUGACAUUUAUUUUAUUAUUUCCAAUAAUUGUUUUCAACCAUUAAAAACUUUUUUUAAUGUCAAAAAUAAUUUUAUUUUUAAUUUAAUGAUGGUAAUAUUUUGUUUCAUUUCAGCUAACAUUAGACUCCCAUUUUAUGAAUGAUCUUGGUUUGGACAGUCUUGAUCAAGUAGAAAUUAUAAUGGCGAUUGAAGAUGAGUUUGGUAAGUGGAGAUAAGUGAGCGUAAAUUAGUGUAUUGCCUUUUUCAAGAAAACCCUUCACUUAAUUAUGUAUAGUGUCAGAGUUCAUAAAACUGUAUUCCAUUUAGCAGCAUAAAAAAUGUAUUCCAUAUUCUAAGUAAUGUACCAUGGUGUUGUAUAUAUAAAUUUAAAAAGAACAACACUUUUAAACUCAAAUUAAUUUAGUAAUAAACUGAUUAACAUGAUCCAGUGAUAUCCAGAUUUUCUAAGUAGCAUUCUUAUUUAGCAAUAUUUUUAGUUUAACUUUUAGCUGUUAAUUAAUAUUACCGGUACCUAUGUUUUUUUAAUAAGGAUUUUGAAUAUUAUUUAUGUCAUUUGAAAUUUACAUCAGGUUUUGAGAUUCCUGAUGCAGAUUCUGAAAGGUUAAUGAGACCCCGAGAUAUUGUACAGUAUAUAGCUGACAAAGAAGACAUAUACCAUUGAGUGGGGAUUACAAUUUUUUGGAUAAAAUCUAGGUAUGUCUGUGGAACUUUACCUCAUUGUAAAUUUAUCACUUAUAAACCUUAAAUGGAUUAUAUUGGCAGUUGUUGCCAGGAAUUAGUCAAAAUGCACUUUACUAGCAAAAACUGCACUGGUGGUAUAGUUGAAGUUUCUACUUAAUGAGAUAUAUUUAUGUGAUGAAGAUGGUUCUGUUAUUGAGAUUAAUUUUUGCAUAUCAAACUAACAACUGAUGGAUAUAAUUUGAAUCAUAUGGGAGAGGUGUGUUUUGGGACCCUGGAAAUAUGCAUUUAGUCAGUCUGCAAAAAUGAGUUAAAACCAGACACACACUGUUGGGACUAUUAGUAAUCAUGAUGUGAUAGAUGAGUGGUGCAAUGAAACAAAUGAAGCAGUUCCCCCUCCCACUUGAGAACUGUAACAUAAUGAUAUUUGAUGUUACUUUGCAGCUGAAUGAAUAGGACCAUUUCGUGUCAGUGUAGUGAUAUAUAGAUAUACAUGUAGAGAGUGAGGAACUACUAGAGCAGCCAUAUUAUAUUGAAUGAAGAAGCAGUUGGGAAGAUUUGUUCUUGACUCUUAUGUUAUUUUCUAAAAAGAAAUUGAUGUAUUAUGACUGAAUUGUUUUUAAUCAUCAUUCUAUUAAUCAUCAGUUGUGAACAUUAUUCUUUGUAGUGCUAUAAGUAAAUAAAUAAGUGAUAUGUGAAUUCUUAGACUUACAGUAUUAUUACAGUUGUGAGAAAUAAUUAGUAGUUAACCCUCAACUGAUAUUCACUGAGGUAGCCACUCAGGUCAUAACAAGUUAUAACAGUAACAGUGAUAUCAGCAUUGGAAGAAAGGUUACAUUGGUUUUUAGAAAAUAGUGUAUAUUAAUAAUGUUAAACAGUUUUUUUUUGAAGUUCUCUCGUGUGACUUAUAAUUUCUGGUAUAAUUUCAGGUUUAAUUAGACUCUGACUGCCACAGACUGUACUGUGGGAAUAAGAUCCUGAAGUACAUGUCUUGUACCAAAUGUGAAAAGAUCCACAUUGUCUAUCAAUGUACAGUUUGUAGCAUAUAUCUAGUUUAAUAUACAAAAAAAUAAUUCUGUGGUAGGAAAUUGUUUGGCAGUUUGAAAAACUUAUGUUUGAGCUUAAUAUCUAAACAUAAACUAAACUUCAAGGUAUUGUUUCUGAUUGAAUAGACCAUUAAGUGAUAUUGAGUAGUUCCAUUUUGUUUUUGUUUGGUGGAAAAAAUUGUAUGAAUGGUAAUAUGCAUUAGACCAUAUAGUUUUAUUAUUUUUAAAACUACUUGAAAAUGAAU